CGCCAUGGGCGGGGGGUCGGUGGAGUAGGAGUAGGAGGAGGAGGAGGAGAAAGAUGGAGGGAUGGAGGGAUGCGAUGCAAGAAAGAGGACGUGAGGAGGGAGAGAGGAUGAUGUAACCUUGGAGAGAACAGCAGAGGGAGCAGCAGCAACAUGGACUUCCUCUCUGCCGACAACCUGGCAGGACAGAACCUUCUAUCCAUCGUGUCCAGAGGGUCUGCCAUCAUCGCCGAGCUGCUGCGUCUCAGUGACAACAUCCCGUCGGUCUUCUAUCUCGCCGACAAGGCUGACCAGGCCAAGUAUGGGCCCCUCCUACAUGACUUCUCGUACCUGCGGAACAUGGAGCUCUACGAGAAUCGGAUCAGCUCGGACCCUCUCCUCAUCGACCUCGACGAGGAGUUCCGUGAGAGUCACAUGCAGCUGCUCGAGCGAUUCUUCAAGCUGUUCGAAUCGGUGUACAAGUACGUGAAGGACCUGACUAGAUACCUGGAGGACGUGGAGGAGGGGGUCUACAUUCAGCACAGAAUCGAAGACAUACUGGCAAGCGACAGCGGCAAGCAGCUGCUAGCAGAGGCCUACUACCUCUAUGGCUUGAUGCUCACCCUGAUGGACAACAGGAUCGAGGGUCCCGUCAGAGAGCGUAUGCUCAUCUGCUACUACAGGUACAAGGGGUCCUCCGACAGCCACAGUGCCGUAUGCAACAUUUUCCGCAGCUCGGGGUACCUUCCUUCCUCCCAGAAGAGGCCUCCUCGGUACCCCGAGGAUUUCUUUGCUCGACUGGCUCCUCCGAUCCCCGUGGCUCGGAUGGUGAUCAACAGGCUGCGAUCCGACGAUAUUUACAGCCAGAUGAAGGAGUGGCCGAACCCGGAGCAUCGGUGCACUGCCUUGGCGACUCAGGCAGCGAUCUUGUACAUUAUUCUCUUCUUCGUUCCGGACAUCCUUCACAAGGAGUUUGCGACGAUGAGAGAGAUUGUCGACAAACACUUCUCUGACAACUGGGUCAUCUCCUUCUACAUGGGUUUCGUCGUCGAUCUCAGUGUCAUGUGGGAGCCGUACAAGGCAGCAUCCUCCGCCCUCAAGAACACGACGGAGACGAAGCUAGUUAAGGAGAUCCAUCGGACGCAGCUGGAGCGAGUGGAGGAGCAGCUGAAGCAGCUCAGCGAGUACCUGACUGAGGGCAUCUUGGUCGAGGAGUUCAUCCUUGACCAGGGGCACAAGAUCCUCAAUUGCCUCCGGAACUCGAACGCAGCUAUCCGCUGGACGAUGCUGCACCGGAACUGCAAGAACAAGAAGCUCAGGGACGUGAUCAGCGCCGGGCCCAACCCCGAGAAGAUCCUGCUGCUCCUCAUGCGGACGGCCCAGCUGGAGUUCAAGGUUGGGGACCUGUAUAAGGCGCUGCUGGAGGGGAAGGAGACGAGGUGGAAGAAGGCGAAGGAGGAGUGCGAGGACAGGCUGAGGGAGCUCUCGCACUUCUUCUCGGGGGACCAGAUGCUGACGAGGGCAACGAAGGAUGAGAAGCUCAAGGAUUGGUUCGCCAGCCUUGCGGCUGAAGUCUCCUCCCUAGAUCACCAGGACUCGACGCUGGCAGGGAGGAAGAUGCAGCAGCUGGCAGCAGCGCUGGAGGACGUGGAGCAAUUCCACCAGAUCGAGACGAACUCGCAUGUGAAGCACUUCCUGGCGGACGCGCGGUCGUUUCUGAAGCAGAUGGUGAGGAUAGUGAACGUGAAGGAACAGAUGCUCAUUACCCUGGCGUCCAUCGGGGACCUGAGCUACGCCUUUGACAUCAUCUCCGACUACGUCCACCUCAUGCACCAGCAGAUCAAGCGGGACCCCUUCUCCGUCCUCCUCCUCCGCGCCACCUUCCUCAAGCUCGCGUCUGUGCUCGAGCUUCCACUGAUCCGCAUCAACCAGGCAGGGAGCGAGGACCUGACGAGCGUGGCCGAGUACUACAGCAGCCAGCUGGUGGCGUUUGUGCGGAGGGUGCUGGAGGUCAUCCCGGUCAACGUCUUCCUCAUCCUCAACGAGAUCAUUAGCGUGCAGACGAGCUCGAUGAAGCAGAUCCCCUCCCGCCUCGAGCGCGCGCAGCUCAAGGAGUACGCGCAGAUGGAGGAGCGAUACAAGCUCGCGCGCUCCACCCACCAGGUCUCCGUCUUCACCGAGGGCAUCCUCGCCAUGGAGAAGACGCUCAUGGGGAUCGUGGAGGUUGACCCGAAGCAGCUGCUGCAGGAGGGGAUCCGGAAGGAGCUGGUGCGGCAGAUCUCCAUGGCCCUCCACGGCAUCCUCAUCUUCUCGAGCGGCAAGGUAGAGGAGUUCGAGAUGCGCCUUGAGGAGCUGAGGAGAAACUUGGACGGGUUCCGGCUGUCGUUCGAGUACAUCUCAGACUAUAUCAACCUCUACGGGCUCAAGAUCUGGCAGGAGGAGUUUACAAGGAUCAUAGACUUCAACGUGGAGCAGGAGUGCAACGUGUUCCUCAAGAAGAAGACCUAUCCCUGGGACAGCAGGUUCCAGUCCACCGCCAUUCCCAUCCCCCUCUUUGCUCCCGUCGACGAACACUCGGUCUCCUUCGUCGGCCGCCUGCUCCGCGAGAUCCUCCUGCAGACGGACUCGCACAAGUCCUUGUUCCUCACCUCUCACAGCGGCUGGUUCGACAUGAGCGGCCGGGAGAUCUUCGGCAUCAGGACUUGCGCCAUCCUGCACCGCAGCUUGGGCACAGCUGGGAUCAGGGGGCUGGACAAGACCAUCUCCUUCAUGAUCGUCCGCGAUCUCAACGACGUCAUGCGCUUCUACCGCCGCCAGGUGCUCGAGGGCCUCAAGGUCCUCCUCCCCGAGCUGCAGAGCGAGCUGAACCCCACCACAACCCUCCCCGCCAUGGCCGCUCGGAUCUACAGCAACGCGCUCGCCCGCACCAGCCGCCUCUGGCCGUGGCUGUCAGAUGUUCUCGCGCGCAUUGGACAGGCCCAGCUGCUCCGACGGCAGUUUGCGGCCGAGCUGAACUUCGUGGGAAAGUUGGACUCGGCGACACUCUCAGGAGCGCUGGAGGUGAUGAACCAGGCCCUCCUCAGCGACAUCGCGAUGCACUACAAGCAGCCGGAGACUCACGCGUACCCUUCGGAAGAGAAGCAGCUGCUGCCCCAGCUCGCUCCCUUCCUCGACGCCCUGGGGUUGUCGUCCCCAAUGCUCAAGAUCUACGUGACCACGGAGCCGCUGGAGGGGAUCGCCUGCUUCAUCGCCCUCUUCGUCAUCUCCCUCGCUCCCAUCCUGAGCUACAACAAGAAGCUGGGGACCCUGCAGGUUAAGGAUCGCAACCUCACCCUCGACGGCUCCACCAUCAUCGUCGGCGUCGCCACCUUCCUGCGGCAGUUCCACUCGUCGAACACCCACAAGUUCAUCGCCUACCUCGCCCAGUACGUUCGCUGUCAGGUAAUCAUCACCUCCAAGGACGCGAAGCUGCAGGAGCUCCCGGGCGAGGUCGCCAGCAUCCUCAUCUUCCUUGACGAGUUCUGCCGCUAUGGGGAGAUCAGCAGGUCGCUCGUCCGUCAGCACCUGCCCCCCUACGUGUUUGAUAAGUUUCCUGUGCAGUGA